AACGGUUCGGGCGUUUCUACACCUCAGUCGAGGAACAUUCAGCAUUUAACUUUUAGUUCAAUUCAACACGGGGCUAACAUCGACGUUCCCACCGCGGGAUUAAACGUCGCUGUUCCUUUCUCUUCGGUACCCCCUGUUGCGAAGAAAAUAUAUGCAUUUUAACAAUUUGGCAACAUGCCAGCUUUCUUAGCCAUCAAUGUCGAGCCUGAGGACAAUGUCGACGAGGAGGUCGAUACAACUCGGGAACUUCAGGUCGACGAUUCUUUCAAAUUAUUCCAGACUGCCCUCAAGCUUCACGCGCAAGGGCCCCGGUUCUUCGACGAAGCCUCCGAUGCCUACGAUGCGCUAUUCGAGUCCGAGAUCUUCAAGUACCCCGAGGCAAAGACUGAGUACGAGCGCAACGAGAGGCGGCCAGAUGGAACGUUCGUCGUAGAACCCGUGUUUGCGCCCGGCGCCGACGUAGCCCAAGCCGACGUCGACGGAAUCGGCUCUCUUCUUCCUCAGGCCUUAUAUCUGUCAUACAAGAAUCAUGGCCAGUUUGUUGUGGACCGCAUCAAACAUAGGGUGCGCACGGCACCACACACAGCCGCAAAAGCCGUCUUUAACACCCCAGAAGUCCAGGAGGACGCACACAAAGCCCUGGAGGACUUCAACGCCGCCCUUGACCGCGAUCCGUCAGAUGCAGAACUAUGGCGGAAAACUGCUCGCGUUGCUGCUUUCCUCAAGAGCACUCGCAUCAGUCGGUAUAGUUUGGAGGCAGCCGUCGAGCUCGACGAUGACCCGGCAGUUGUGGAGGUUGAACCGCCGUCUUUGGCUGAGGGCUUUGCUGGAGAGCAGCUUAAAGAACAGCUGGAGGUUUUGGACGACAAAAUGGCUUUGACCCACCCCGCAAUAGUUCCUUUUCGUGAGAGAGGUUUGCUGCCGCAACUGAAGCGAUUCCUGGAUCCCAUGCCAUUCCUCCCUAAUCCAACAAAGUCAGUAGCUAUCACGAAGGAGCAGUCGGAUCCUGUCGCAGCGCCUCGCCUAGUCCUUGACAUCUCGAGCUACUCUUGGGCCGAAUUGGGCAUGGCCUUGGUUCGUUUUGUCGACGAACACGGGUUGUCCGGGCAAGCUGUUCUCAUUCAGGGUCCUAUUAUGGUUUUCGAGAACGACGUCCAAAUGGAGAUUGAUAAACAACUACAGCCCUUGGAUUCCUCUCCACCCCGGAUCAGGAUAGCAGAUACUACUACAACGGAAGAAACCUCUGCCGAAAACCCCAAAGAUGCUGACUCCAUUGUGAAAGAACCAAAGUCGGCGACUGUCGAGGGCGUCACUCCCAGGGACCAGCGUCUCCCAGAGCGGAGCAACUCACUCCCCUCAAGAAAACGCUCACAGUCGGUGGCAGGCUUGGCGGAUGCGCAAGAUGAAGAAAAUGCCGAUACUAAGAGAAGCAAGCGAACGAGACGUCGAGAUACGGCAGCCGAGGAGGCCAUGGAUCCUGCUACUCUUCUCGCGACCCAGUUACAGCCUUUUCAGGCUGCUGAUCAGAAUCUCUUCCAGACCACAAAGAACCUCCUCGAAAACCUAGGGGUGACAGAUCGGGUCACUCUUGACAGACUCGCCGAAGUCCUUGAUUCAUGUGCCUCGGAUGACCGGACAGGCAAAAUCCAAAACGUAUCAACAAGAGAUCUGCGUGAUGCUAUUGUGAAAUUUGACGACGACACCGCAAAGGUCCUGCUAGGGGACGGAGAGUCUUUUGCGCCUAGCCUCUCUGGGUUCCUCGAGCACGCAAAGGCCGGUUCUCAGCGAACUGUCGAGCCUCCGGCUUUCGAUGACACGCGAAGCGUGCGGAGCUUUGUGGAAAAGUCGAAUGCAGGAUGGAACACGGUACAUGACAUUGCAUACUUGUAUGCAGUGGCUAUGGUUCAGAGUUACGAGCACCUCAAGUGGUCCGAGCAGAUGAAGACUUCUAUGGCCCAAGUUAUCAGCCACCUUGAUGGAAGCAUCUAUGAGAGAGUUCUACAUGAGCUCGAGGUGUGCCAGACGGGCGGACAGGAGGAGAUGCUCAACGACAUCAUCAGCCUCAUCCACAUGCUACUCGAGCUUCACCUAGAUGUUUACGAGCGCAUUACGAAUCCUAACAGCGUAGUUGACCAAAUCACGAGGAUUGAAAUGCGAGAGAGGCUCGAGAGAUGGCUUCACCUCACCACUAAUGUCAGCCGCCGUCACGUACAGAAUCCGGACGAUUCAUUCUCACUUCGUCUUCUCUGGGCUGCAGCCUGUUCUACGACGGUCGCGAAAGACAUAGCGCGCGACCACAUCCUCACCUGCUGGUACAGCUUACGCGAUUACCUUGCCGGGUCCCCUGCUGCCGACAUCAGCCUGCCAAAUAAUACCAUCAUGUCCGAAAUCUCAUCGGGUGCUGCAGACCGUGAGAUAUCCAAGUUGACGACGAUGGACUUCUUUUUGGGCCUGUUCCAAGAAGACAUGGGAGAUCCCGCGUCUGUCAUUGAAACUCUGGAGCCCGUUCUGAAUCCCGACUCGGUCGCAAUCAAUCCAGCUGUGCCCGAGACCAACGGGACCAACGGGGACAGCGGCAAGCAUAAAACGGUCGGACAACCUAUCAAGGAGGUUGCAAGCCAGGGCCUUCAAGACCUCUGGAGGUUUCUGCAGGGAAGCAGCACUGAGCUACGUCUGCUCCUUUGGGCAAGGCUCGGAGAGGCAUACGGAAAAAUCGAGUACGCCACAAAGCAGUUUUCCUGCCUGCUGCGGAGUAUCGAGACAAUUGUCGCCGACUUUGAGCGCGACGAUUACAUCAAUACCCCCCCAGAGUCCCGAAAAGGUCUUUUCAUGACAAUGUUGAAGGCCCUCGACCAACUCGUUAUUGACUCGUUGUAUCUGGCCUUGAACGACAACAGCUCGUUUGACAUCGUCGAUGAAGAUCACUUGCGGUCUACUCUGUCUGCCCUGGCAAAAGUCAACUGCCUUUUGCACGUGGCGGCAAUGUACGAGGACGAGGUUCGUAUCGGGAUGACCCAGGCCGCUGCGUCUGGGUCAAUGUUCACGUCAUUCCUCACCAAGCUUCGUGAGAUGCAGGUCAGGACAUGGUCUCUCCAGUACACGGUACUGAAAGUCGGCGUCAACCAGCACCCGGCAAUCUUUUCAAGGCCUGAAAACGACCUUGCCGAUUACCUAGCAGCGGUCCAUCAGGUGCUGGGCUUGCGGAAAUGCUGCAAGUCUUCCAACAAGAUCUUCCUCAAAAUGAUGCGCAUUGAGCUUCUUAAGCAGAAGAACAUCGAGAACUGGGAGGACUAUCUAGGCCAAGUUCUCUAUGAUCUUCACGGCCUCAAAAUCGGGGUUGGAGUCUGGGAGGUCCAGGACCACGGUUGCCCCCCCGAGACAUUGAAACAGAAACAGGCCAUGGCGCUCGUUGAGAAGAUUACCGUCCUUGCGAACAGGAUGACAAUGAAGGAUCUGCUCAAGUCAGACCUAAAGACAACGAUCGAGCACAUGCAACAAGCCAUUGGAUCGAGCAAGUCUACUCCUCAGAUGAUGCUUAACCUCCGCAACUUUACAGAGUACCUGAAGACUGCAAUCCACCCCUUGCACCUAUAUCAAGCCCUCACCGGCAAUAUCGAUCUAGAUGCCAUCACAAUCAACACGCCGGAGAGUGCCCCUGCCAAACAGGGCUGGUUUUUCUUGCAAGGCAUGAUUGCCCUCACCAAAUUCAAGGGAGUAGACCUCAAUAGGCGACAGACGCCGGGCGCUACUGACGACCUGCGUAUCGGUGCGACAUUCUUGCGGCUCCAGCUUCAGUUUACGCCGGAUCGGUGGGAUGCGUGGUUCCGCCUUGCCGAGUGCUUUGACUACGAAUUGGAUGAAGCUGUUCUCUGGACUGCCGACAAGAUGAACAAGGACCGGGCUGACUUGGUCAAAUUUCAGCGGAACUCAAUCCACUGCUAUACUCUGGCGCUAUCGCAUUCAUAUGCAUGGGCUUCGGACCCUUUUGCCUUCACGGCCUCGGAAGACGAUGCGGAUGCACUAUUCGACAUGUACCACGAGUUUGGCAUGCGAAUGUAUGCAUCCAGCCGCGAGCCAUUCGCAAUGGAACCCUUCAAGCACGAAGACCAGGAGCGGUUCUUCAUUGAAACAAUGGGUGCUGGAACAUACAAGAAGAUCUUGCACAACCAAAUGUCGGACUACCAAGUCUGGAAGUUCGCAGCCAACCUAUUCAAGAAGGCCAUGGCGGGCAAGCCAAAAGAGUGGAAGAACCCUUACAUGGUAGCAAAAUGCCUUUGGAAGAUGUACCAAAAGCCAUUGGAUGCUCUCGACCAGAAGAACCGACUAAGCCGCCCGACGAUGCAAACCGUGCUGGAUGCUCUCGAGAAAACCGUCGAGGUCGCCUGGGCGUUACCAAAACCACGCCACGGCCAGUAUCCCAUUCUGGAACCACAUUACAAGGUUCUUUCUGUGGUCUACAAGCUCGUUAGGCGCGGCGAUCUCACUGCCCAAGAGGGCGCCAAAAUCUUACAACGCCAGCCAUACGCCCCCGAUCACAGCUCGGAAGUCACGAUCGGUGAUGCUGAUGAAUGGGAAGCAUAUGUGAUUAGAUCAUUGCGUUACUUGCGCGACAAGGACAAGUCAAACUGGCAGCAUCGUUUUAUCAUGCGCCAUGCCCGCAUUCUCUUCGACGAAGCCGAUGUCGAGGGCGAUGGCGGGGGAUACGUCGCCGCCAAAGCCGCUUUCGCAGUUCUGCGCGAGAACAUGUUCACCAAGACAAUGGUAAUGAACGUCUGGAAGUGCGACGCCGAGCGGCCCGGUCGCCACCAUGUCUACACCGAACAGUACAUACGUUUUGCGGUUCGGCUGCUUGCCGUUAUGAACGACCGAACCAACCUCGAAGCGGUGCUGCGCCGGAUACGCAAGAAGGGUAUUGACUUCUAUCAUUUCAACGAGCUGUGGCAAUCUUGCGUCUUGAUAUAUGUGAAACUCCUCCGCCAGACCUACGAUAUUCCCUUGACGGAAGAGGAAGCGUUUAAGAGCCUUACCCCAGAGGAGUUCGACGUCCUCGGCGAGAAAAUCACCGAGUGGGCCACGAAGACAGAGGCUGAAGGCCACAACGCGCUCAGCGCCAUGAGAGAAGCAGUGGAGCUCAAGAAGCUGAAUGCCAACCUAAUGAAAGCCGGGCCGAUUGACGAUCUAAUUGCGGACUGCUACUCGGCCAUCUACCUCGAACUCAAGUCCGAGUUACCUGGAUCGGAGGUCGCCCAAAUCAAGGACGAGCGCAACCAAGGGCAGGAUGAGGGACCACGGACCGAUGACAACACAGAGGCCAAGGGCAAGCUUCUGAACGGACUUCUGGGCGCUCACGACCGGGAGUCUACUGUGUUGGGUUCUCUUCGAAGCUGUUCGGAGCAGCCGGAGAAGGCAGACAAGCCCCUCUCAUUUACUGGAGAAGCUGCACCACGAGUAGGACGACGAGCCGGUGUCAGGCGUGCGGAUAUUCUCCGCAAGGCCGAGCAAGCGGUCGCCCGCUCCGCCGAAGGGCCGCCCAAAUCUGCUGGCGGCGCCAACGGGGCCAGCACAAAGUCUCGCUCCCGACUCGGCUCUACCUCUAGUGGCAGGAAUGGUCAUUCUGCUGGAGAAGAGGAGAAUGGCGGUAGCGGCAGUGAUAGCGAUACCGGGGACGGGAACGCUCAGCAUCCCGAAGAUGAGGAUGUAGAGAUGAGGGAUGCAGACGGUGACGACAGGCAUGGCAGUGCCCACGAGAACGGGCACGACGACAAUGGCAGCGAGAUUUCAAGCCCGCCAAGAAGCGUUCAUGAUUCGGCAGACGAUGAGAGCGACCUUAGCGACGUCCCUGCCGACUACGAGGAUGACAUACCACCGUCAUUGCUAUUUCCGAACCUCCGGAAGAGCGUGGAAAUGAGCAUCGCUGCCGAGACGGCUGCUGACGAUAGCUCCAACCAGAGCACUGCCGAUGAGGGCGAAGAGGGUGAAGAAGGCGAAGAGGGUGAAGAAGUUGAGGAGGCCGAAGAACUUGAGGAGGAUGAAGAAGGCGAAGAGGCCGAAGAGGCCGAAGAAGCCGAAGUUCCUGGUGAGGUCGAGGUGGCUGAUAGCGCUGGCGACGACGAUGAAGCCGAGAUUGAGAUCGAGGUUGGGGGCGAGAUCAAGGCUGGGAGCGAGAUUGAGGCUGACGAAGGUAGCGAAGUCGAAGACGAAGACGACGAAGAGAUAGGAGAAGCUGAAGAGGCGGAAGAGGAAGAAGAGGAAGAAGAUGGAGAGGAGGGGGAGGAGGCAGAAGAGGUUGACGAUGGGGAAGAUGAAGAGGGAGAGGAUGAGGGUGAAGAGGAAGAAGAACCAGAGCGUCGUCUGGGCUCGCCGAUGGAGGACGAAGGUGACACUAGUGCGAGCGAAUAGCGGACUUUGCAUGAGCUGAGAAAUGAUUUUACGGCGCAAAAGGGGGUAACCGGUGUCUGUAUAUCAAUAUAAACAAUGGGCAAUCGGUUGGGUGGGACCUAGUAAAGGGCCGGGCAGACUACAGCGUUUGGGGCAAGGCGUUCAUUCUGAAGCGUAUUUCAUCUACUAUUAGGUUUUAUCGGUAUUUCAUGAAUAUAGAGCCGUGGCUGAUGUUUCACUCAUGUAAUCCUGCGCAGCUGUUGUGGUUCCAUGUUAAGGCAUUGGCACCCUGUCUCGACCGGGUAGGUGAGGUACAAUUCGCCUUAGCCGAGUGUUUCGGAUUUUCUUGCCCUGCUCUACUAAUUAUGAUAUGAGCAACUAGUAAAUUGUGUGGGGGUUGUGAGGAUUCAAUCUUCCGGUAGUUCGCAC